GAACUCGAAUGCCCAGGUUGCGCCUUGAGAGAGAGAGAGGGAGAGAACGGCGCGACCGCUCGAGUUCGGGUCCGCGUCUUGCGAAGGAAGCAAAGCCUCGCCUGCGCCGCCGCCGAGGUUAGAUCGCCGGAGGAGGGAGGGAUGGCCGAGGGCGGGGAGGACGCAGCCACCGCGGGCCGCCGCGCCGCGGUUACCGACCACCGCAAGAAGCUCCUCAGCUGCCGGGAGCUCGAGACGAGGGUUAAGACAGGGAGGGAGAACCUGGCAAAUGCAAAGAAAGACUAUGGAAAAACUGAAGAUGAUCUCAAAUCGUUCCAAAGUGUGGGCCAAAUCAUUGGCGAGGUGCUCCGGCCUCUGGACAAUGAACGAUUUAUCGUCAAGGCCAGUAGUGGACCACGCUAUGUUGUUGGCUGCCGAAGCAAAGUUGACAAAGAAAAGUUGACAGCUGGUACACGAGUUGUUCUUGACAUGACAACGCUUACCAUCAUGCGCACUCUGCCACGAGAGGUUGACCCUGUGGUUUAUAACAUGCUACAUGAAGAUCCAGGCAACAUUAGUUACUCAGCUGUAGGUGGAUUGUCGGAUCAAAUAAGGGAACUCAGAGAAUCCAUUGAGCUACCGCUUAUGAAUCCAGAAUUGUUUCUCCGUGUCGGGAUUAAGCCUCCGAAGGGCGUACUACUCUACGGUCCACCUGGAACUGGGAAGACACUGCUAGCUAGAGCCAUCGCUAGCAAUAUUGAUGCUAAUUUUUUGAAGGUUGUGUCAAGCGCGAUCAUUGACAAGUAUAUUGGUGAAAGUGCACGCUUAAUUCGUGAAAUGUUUAACUAUGCACGUGAGCAUCAGCCAUGCAUUAUCUUCAUGGAUGAAAUCGAUGCUAUCGGUGGCCGAAGAUUUAGCGAGGGCACUAGUGCGGAUCGUGAGAUUCAAAGGACAUUGAUGGAGCUUCUAAAUCAGUUAGAUGGUUUCGAAGAGCUUGGGAAGGUGAAAAUGAUCAUGGCAACAAACCGGCCUGACGUUUUGGAUCCUGCACUCCUCCGGCCUGGGCGGUUGGACAGGAAGAUAGAGAUCCCGCUGCCGAACGAGCAGGCGAGGAUGGAGGUCCUCAAAAUUCAUGCAGCUGGUAUUGCCAAACAUGGCGAAAUUGAUUACGAAGCUGUCGUGAAACUGGCUGAAGGCUUUAAUGGUGCCGAUCUGCGCAACGUCUGCACUGAAGCUGGUAUGGCCGCCAUUCGAGCGGAGCGUGACUACGUCAUUCACGAGGACUUCAUGAAGGCGGUGCGCAAGCUGAACGACGCCAAGAAGCUCGAGUCUAGCGCGCACUACAGCGCAGACUUUGGCAAGGAGUGAAGGGGGUGAUCUGAUUCAGAUAGUCUGGUCGUAGUUGCGAGGCCAUUUUCUUCGACCUCGCGGGGGAGCCGUCGUCCUGACGCUAUCGGAGCAUACAUGUAUCUUCGUUAUUUAUUUUUAGAUUCCAGGAUCGAUGUGGCUGCAACUAGUUUGGUGUACACGCCAAAUGCAAUCUGAAACUGAUCACCUUGAGAAACAUUCAGACAAUAGCUGAUCUUACAUGUGCAUUGUUUGCUUC